AUGCCGCGUCUGAGCCAAUUUAUCCCAUCAUUGCAUCAUGCCCUCGUCAAGGCCCGUGCCAACCCCCCUCCUGAUCUGUCUGCUGGUGUGGAGCGGCAGGCACAGGAAUACCUCACCGGCCUGAAUGAUGGCAAGGUUCGACAGUACCCCAUGGGUGAGUACGACUCCAAGCUUGAUGAGCAAGGAAAGCCAUUUCCUGCUCCUAAACACCACCGGGUGAACAUGGACGGCUACCUGCGCUCCUACCUGUACAACCCCGCCCUCUACCUGCUGUCAGUGGCCCGGGCCAGGCAAGUGAUGGAGGUGUACUCUGGCCCCGAGGAGCCACAGGCGAGGCCCAGGAAGAGCUGUGGAGGCCAGAGAGAGUCGACGGGGAAGGAGUCGACAGGCAGCACUCGAGACAAACAGAUCAACACUCAGAAGGUGAAAACUGACAUCAGGAUCCAGCAGCUGAUAGACCUGGUUUUGACUUCUAAGAGGAAUGCAGAAAAUGAGGUGAAGAGGGAGGAAGGAGGAGAAGGAGGGCUGAAGACACCGGGGAGGAAGAGGAGGCUGGAACAGCAGACGGCAGAGAGGACGCUCAAAUAUCUGAGGGCGUCACAGGGAUCCAGAAGCCACGACAAGAUUCCAGUCGAGGGAAGCCAAGUCUCUGCCUCUCCUGGUUCUCUUGCGUCUGUGAUUGGCUCAGUGGGUUUGAGAGAUGUUGAUCUGAGGGAAGAUGGAUCUGAGCACGCUGCCAAACUUCUCAGUUUGCUGACAGGCCUCACCCAGGCUGCCAGGGGAAUGGCCGGUCCGAGCUUUGGUGAGAUGCAGGAGGUGGAGCAGAAGGAAUCCUGCCCAUUUGAUAGGCUGGCCACCAAGCUGGGUCUGCCCACCAACUGUGACAUCGACCUGAGGAAGCAGGAGGAGCUGGAGGAGCAGACGGCGGGCAGCGUCAGUAGUUUGGAGGGAUUCAGUCCCAGCUCCCACAGCGGGGAGAUGAAUCACCAUGGGGCAGCAUGCAGAGGAGGAGGACGAUACACUCAGAGAGACAGAAACAUCCCUCAGGAUCCUCGCUUCCAGCAUCUCACCACGGCAACAAGCAUCACCACAACAACCAAAACCCCCAGGAAGAGCCCCACCCUGUCUCCUGAGCCCAGCCCUCCUCUCUCCCCCUCCCAGUGCCCAUCACCUGAACCCAGCCCCCCACUGUCACCCUCCCAGUGCCCAUCUCCAGAGCCCAGUCCCCCUCUUUCCCCGUCUCAAUGCCCGUCCCCUGAGCCCAGUCCCCCCGUCUCUCCCUCUCACUGCCCAUCUCCACAGCCCAGUCCCCCCACAUCACCCUCUCAGUGCCCUUCACCACAGCCCAGUCCCCCCCCCUCCCCUUCCCAUUGCCCAUCCCUGGAACUUAAUCAUCACCACCCGUUUAACAAGGUGAACAGUGGUGCUAACGAGGAGCAUUUAGCCCCCACAGCCUCCAGAGAGUUUGCAGGAGUGUCCAAGCACAGACAAGCGAAACCUCAGGGGAAAGAAAAGAAGAAGGAAGAGCCAUUCCUUUUUUCAUCCAUCCAGCCAUCUAUUCAUCCAGCUACAGAGAGGAGACCAAGCCCCUCACCGCCCUCUGUGCAAGGACUGCAGGAUGUAAAGGAGGAAAGAGGGGAGGUGAAGGAGUUAGAUGUAGUGCUUCUUGAGAAAGAAAAAGAAACGGUGCAAAAACAAGAGGAAGAGGCCACAGAGAGUAUGCAAGAUGAGGUGGAGGAGGUGGUUUUGAUACAUGAGGUAGGUAAUGAAAAGAAGCCAAAGGGAGACGUGGAGGAACUGAUAGGUCGCUCUGUGUUUUCCCGGUCCAUCUCCUCGCCUCCUCCUGCACGUCCUCCCAGAGAUAUUGACAGCAUUGUGGACAAACAUCUGGGCGACUUCUCCUCUGACAUACAGCUCCUCCUGCAGGAUGAGAGCGUUCACUACAGCUUCCCACAGUCCACACACUCCACUUCAAAGACAGAAACCAGCGCACCUCAACACACACUUCCACACACCUCCAUAUCUCAGUUCUCCCAGUAUGUGUCUUUCUACAACCCCUGUCCCCCCGUCCAGGACUAUGUUAGCUCCCUACAGGAGAGCAUUAAUGGCAUGUUAAUGGAGUUUGGUGGGAGCUGGCCAAGCCAAAGUGCAGACACCAGCCGGACUGAUGCUGAUAAUGCGUUGGCUAACACAGUGAGUGCGUUUGUGGCCAGCAUCCGAGCAGCUAACACUAAAACAGGCAGCGAUGAUGAGGAUUCUGCUCCCUGUGGUGAACUGACAGCUGCUGAUGGCAGUGCUUCAGUCAGUCGGACUCCUGCACACUCCAGAGGAGGGGAAGUGAGGCGGCCAGAUGCAAUCACCAGACCGACCUCUGAUGCUAACGACAGCAGGAACCCCCCAACUUCUCAUGUCACUUUAUCUGUUCCUACCUCUUCAUCUGGUUCUGUUCACAAGCCUGCCGACACCGCCGCCCUCCAUCCUCCUUCUAACAAGUUGCAACACCAGCAAAGUCACGCUUUAGAGAUCAACAGGACACUCGCUCACUCUGUCAGACAAACACAAGACAGCAGCGUCACCAGGACUGUAUAUUGUACGAAUGAUGGAGAAGGAGGGAGUAGUCUUCCAGGGUCAAACUCUGAAUUGACUCUCCCAGGGUGCAGUCGUGUGACUGAGCCUUUGGCAGAACCUUCACACCUCUCUGAGCUGGGCUCCAGCUCAGCCUCUGUGUCCAUCCCCGCUCCUCCAGCCACGGCCCUGAGCUCCCUGAUCAGCCAGCUGCAGCCAGAGGUGUUCAGCAGUCUGGUGGAGAUCAUCAAAGACGUCAAGAAAAACUCCCUGCAGUUCUACCUCCACAGCACAGAGCCUGGGGACCAGGUGUAUGAAGACGUCAAGGAACACCUGUUGAAGCAGGGUAACGCGGAGCAGAGUCCUGUGGCCUUUCUGAACCAGGAGAACUCUGACGACAGACUGCUGGUCAUCAUUAAGAACAAAGACAUCGCUGCACACAUACACAAGAUCCCAAACCUGGUGUCUCUGAAGCGACAUCCAUCUGUUGCAUUUGUGGGAAUCGACACACUGGACGACAUCAGGAACAACAGCUACAACGAGCUCUUUGUGUCCGGAGGCUGCAUCGUCUCAGACGAGUUAGUCCUCAGUUCAGACUUCAUCACUCACGGUCGACUGGCUGCACUGAUGAUCUUCCUGGAACAACACAGUUCUCCAGACAGUGUGUGGAAGUGGAAAGUUCACUACAAAACCCACAAGAAAUUAAAAGAACAAACCAGGUUCAGGAGAGAUGCAGCCAACAUAGUGGACUUACUCUCCACCUAUCACAAGCGGCAGAUCGUUGAGUUCCUCCCUUAUCAUCACUGCGACAUGAUGAACCAUCAGUCACCUGACCUGGACUGUCUCCUCGAGCUCCAGGCCCGGUACACACAGUACCGACACACCAUCUUCCUGACUGAGCAUCGUUUUGAGACGUUCCCUGCCUACUCCAAUGGCGGCAUCAUCGUGGCCAGUAUCGAGGAUAUUCUGCACAGCUUCACCAGACUGGUCGGUUACCAUCACAUCAAGGACAAGCAGCCAAUCAUGGACGACCUGCUGGCCACCAAAGGUCUCAGCAGGCAGCUGAGUCAUGGAGACUCUGUGUCGGGUUCAGAUCGAUCUCCCUCAAUCUUCCCAGAACACAUCCAUCCCCUCUCCUCUGGGGACCAACCCCAAAAACUCCUCCAGCAGCCCGGCUCCGGUCCCCACCCGCUCCCUCAUCUCUCCGACCAGCUCGUCCCAGACGCCUCCUGUAAGGACGGCGUGUCACAACCUUCAGACGCAGACUUGGAGGUUCUUAGACGGGCCAUCUCUCAGUUUCGGGCCGAGCGUCAGGCUCAGCUGCAGCAGGAGCAGCAGUUGGACUCCCAGGCAGAGUUAAGCAUAAACCCUCUCAGAAGCUUCCUUCCCAAUCCCAUUCGUACAGGUGGCGGUCACACCACUCCUCCUGUUGGUCAGGGAGGUCCCGCCGAGUCGGUCCAGCUGACUCCUGGCAGGAAAGCAGUGGCAGACACUCUGGAGUUAAUUCACUCAGGACUGCAGCUGGAAAUGUUGGAGGAGGAAAGGAGGAAGGACAGAGUGGAGCCUCCCACAGAGGGAGAGAGGAGGAGAAGUCGAGGAGGAGGAAGAGAGCCUGGAGUUUGUGCUCCAGGAAGGGCAGCAGGAUUCUUGGGAGGAAACCGUGGUCCCAAUAAUAGUCACAUGUCCACCCCUUCAUCCAAUCACAACACAGCUGCAGUGACGGGACCAAGUGACCACAGAGACUCGAGCAGUGUCAGGAGAGAAAAAGCAGAUCAACAAGGCGAACCUUCAUUUCUCAAAGCAGCUAAACACUGUGCAGCGUCCUCCUGUCCUGUAGAGGGCGACAGAUCAAGAGACACACAGAGAGGUGUCCAGGAGCAGCCAAUAAGAGGAGAGGGAGCACCACCUGGAAACAGCACAGCCAGUGGCACCAAGGUAACUGGAAGUGUCACCAUGGUAACAGACCAGGAGGACAACCCAAAUCCUGCUCUCCAACAGCCCCAACAACAUCUGCAGCAACUCAACAACCAGCAACAGCCGCUCCAGCCGAGUCGGUCACACCUCCCACCACCACCACCUCACAGCCAGCAGCAGCAGCACUGGGGCUCCAGCCUCCUGCAGCACCCCUUCCUGCCUCGACACCACAGCCAGCAUUACUCCCCACGUCCCAUGCUGAGGCCCCUGACUGCUCUUGGCCGCACAAGGGGCCUCCUGGGGCCCACGCCUGUCUGGCCAGGGGGCCUGGGCCCUUCAGGUGCUGCUUCCUUGGUCUGGGGCUUCCAACAAGUUGGCACUGGUCCUUCACUGCUGGGGGGGUACCACAACCCUGCAGGUCAGGGCGGCAACAGGUACCGAGGGGGGCAGAGAGGCGGCUUUAAUGGGAUGUAGAGACCAGUUUAGAUUCACCAGCUGAUCAACCCAGGUAACCUGCUCCACUAACCCACACACACCUGCUGCAGCUCAGGUAGCAGGUUAAAGAGCCUGUUACCAGAGUGUGCAGAAACACAUCCCAAAUAUGAACAGAUACUAGACUGAAGACAGGAGGAGGGAGGAGACAGAGACCCUGGGUCUUAGCGUGGAGACAGAGACUAUGAAAAAACACAAAACUGUAAAGGAACACGACGGACUGACUGCCUUACUCGUCUUCCAGUGGACACUCUUUAAGUCUUGUAAAAAAUAUUUUUUUGAACUGAAUGUUUGUUACUCCAGGAGCCGUUUGUGUUUAUUUGCUGUUGUAUGUAGGAAGUGACUCUGUAACAGACUGGUUUUAACUUAAAGUCAUUUUUUAUGUUUUUUUUUACAUCAGAGGUGUUUUGUA